CUAUAAAAGAAUUCUUUCAGAUGAUAUAAAUUAAACCCUGGAUGGAACAGAAUGAAAAAUGUUUACACUCGUUUUCAGUUUAUGUUUGCUAGUUCAAUCUAGCCUUGCUCAAACCCAAGAUGGAAGUCGUUGUUCAUGUGUACCCGGAGGUUCAUGUGAAUCUGAACCCUAUGGUUCACUAGCUCUAGAUAUCAGUGUGCUCGGUCUGUUUCCACCCUGUCCUACUCAUGGAUCAAUUAGAUGCUGUUCAAGACAGGGACUAGAAGCUUUGUAUGAAGGUAUGUUACGAGCAGCAAUAUCUCAGAACGAUGUUGGGAGAAUUAAGAUCCGACCAUUAGUAAGUGUGGACGCUCUGAUCUCAGAGGUUAAGAAAAUAAAGGAGGAUGCCGGUAUGGAGUGUGGAUGUAUACCUCGUGGGAUCUGUAUGCAACAUCUGACCAGACAGACAAGGGACUGUAGUGGUCAACAUGAGCUUUGCUGUAUCCCGCAGCAUAAACAUAAUGAUGUCGUCGUCAACGUUUUCUCAAAUCAGGAAAAGGUAUGGGAAAGUACUACAACUACUCCUGUACCAAGAUCUGUGAAACCCCAACAUGUGAAACCCCAGCCCGUGUUUAGGCCUCAAUCUGCAAGAAAUCAACUGGUGAAGAAAUCUGACAUCGAUGGAGAUAAUGUGGGUCUUUUGUGCCUGGAAGCUACUGACUGUAACAAGGUGUAUGGUUAUGAUGCUCUUGAUAUUGCAAACUUUGGCGUCCUUUCACCCUGCUCUAAGCGAGGGUUCCAUAGGUGCGUGGAACCUAAACCUUAUGUUCACAUUGAAAAGAAAGAAAACAUUCAGAAUCAUCUCUCAACAACCCAACCUGUCCAAUCAACAACAUCCACUACAACCACUACAACAACAACAACGACAACCACCUCAUCCACUUCUUUAAGUCUAGGAAGUGUUCAAUUUCCUGAUCAAAAUGUUAGAUUUGUUCCCUGUGUACAGCCACACAAAUGUCUAGGUUCAGUUUAUGACAUCAGCAGUGGAGAGCAUUUAACUAGAUACGGUGUUCUCCCACAAUGCAGUGACGGAAUGAUCAGGUGUAUUUUUCAAGUUGAUUUGGGGAUUUUUUCCCAUCUGGAUAACAUAAACCUUCCUAUCUUUACUAUGGACGAGGAGAGAAUAAAACAGUUCUUCAAGGAGGAUACUGCUGAAGAUAAUUUCGGGGAGGACGAAAAUCAUAUGAAAGAUGCUAAAACUGCAACUACUAAUAUUGUCCAGGAUUAUUCCCAUCUCCAUACGGAUGAAGACAGUUCAGUUGAGUUCUUCAAUCAACAUAAGAUAUUUAAUGGGAGAAAGAGUUUAAUCCUGACAAACGAUGAUAACCCAUUUGAUCCUCUUUCAAUGUCAUCAACCCAACCUACCGCGAGGAUUGAACAGUCCUCUGAAUCCCCACUGUUAUCUCUCAAAAGGUUUAGUCAAUCCGCCAACACUAAACCAACCUCUAGAUCUGUCAUCUCCACAACGCCUCAGGAGUACAGAUACGCCGCAACGACAACGGAAAAAACGACGGAUCUACGAAAAUUCUUUGGAAGUCCUCGUCGCAACAAUAUCAUCGAUGCUAUUAGGGAAAGAGGAAGAAAUAAAUCUGUGAAAGACAAUGAUCAAGAAAGUGACGCAGACAAGUUUAAAGCUCAGUUCGCACAUUUUGAGAAAAAAGCCUCCAUUGAUAUGGAUAGGAAUGGAAACCUUGUGAUAUCAGGGGGGCGAACGGUUUUCCAUCUUCCCCCUGGGAUUUCUCCACCUGGGAGUGAUCAGGUCACCUCUCCUCAGCAGGAGAAUGGUUUAGGAAAAACUAGUAAUCAACCUAAUAUCCCGCAAACAAGGGAGGAAGAGCCGAUCUUUUUCGAUCCCCAAGAGGCGCCUCAUGUCAUUGAUGCGCUGAAGAACAGCAAGAAUGCCGUGAUACAAGUUUUAACUGAUGAUAAUCAACAAAUGGUUUUAAACGUAAAGAACGAUCAACUCCUAUCUAUUCUUCAAGCCCUGCACUCAGCGCUGGAUAAUGUACAAUCCUGAUAUCUCUUUUUUCCAG